AUGGUCAGAUCACACCACCCCCUGAAAUUUCAGACCCUCCCUUCCUAUGUUUGCAAAAAUGGCUAGGAAAUCACAAACCAUAGCUUUGCUCAUCUUCCUCGUUGCUGUAGCGCUAAGCACAACCUCUUAUGCCACUGUCAUUUCCACCUACUGGGGUCAAAAUGGUUUUGAGGGAACCCUGCAGGAAGCAUGUGCCACCGGAACAUAUAACAUCAUAAUGAUAGCUUUCCUCAACACUUUUGGUGGCGGCCAAACCCCGUCUAUGAACCUUGCCGGUCACUGUGACCCACAGAGCGGCACAUGCGUCAAAUUCGGAGAAGAAAUAAGAUAUUGCCAGGAACAAAAAAUCAAGGUAUUGCUCUCACUUGGUGGUGCAUUGGGUAAUUACUAUCUAACUUCUAAAGAUGAUGCCCAAAGUGUAGCAGAUUAUUUAUGGAACACAUUUUUGGGAGGAAGAACAUCUGCUGGUCCACUAGGUGAUGCCACGUUGGAUGGUAUUGACUUUGAUAUAGAAGGGGGAUCGAAUUUGUACUACGAUGAUCUUGCCCGCUUCCUAAAACAGAAAAAUGAAAGCCUCUUCUUAUCUGCAGCUCCUCAAUGUCCAUACCCUGAUUAUUAUUUGGGGAAUGCCAUUGAUUCCGGCCUCUUUGACGCCGUUUGGGUUCAAUUUUAUAAUAAUCCUCUAUGCCAAUACGGUAACGGUUACGUCGGCAACCUUUUAAACUCAUGGAAUCAUUGGACCGCCUCGGUAAACGCAAAGUCUCUAUUUUUGGGGUUACCGGCGUCUGUGAGUGCGGCUUAUUCUGGAGGGUAUAUUCCAGUGGAGGUUCUAAAUUCUCAGGUCCUGCCGGCGAUAGAAGAGACAGCAAAGUAUGGAGGCGUAAUGCUUUGGAAUCGAUAUUUUGAUCGGCAAACUGGGUAUGGUGCUUCUAUCAAAUAUUCUACCACGGGGAAUGGCUUAGUGUCAUCUUCUUAAUUAAUAAGAGUUUAGAUGAUGUGGCAGGAGUUAAUCCAGCUUAAAUAAAUGUACUCUUUAAGACGCUGGAUUCCAAUCCAGUUUAGUCUUUCAGAAAUAAUUAAAUAAAAUUAUGUGGCAAUCUUCCUUAUUUUUCUUUU